AUGAGUCAGAGGCUGAGUUCCGAGCUGGCCAGGGCCCAGGAGCUGGACCUUCAGAAAAGUCGCGAGCAGAGACAGCUCCUAGAACCCGAGCACUUGGGAACGAGAGAGCUGGGGGAGGCUCCUCCGGGCGCCCCGGGCCAGGCACAGGGGCCGCGCGUCCUGGAGGGGCUGGACCGGGGACCGGCGGCCGCAUCCUCUUCUGUCUCCACAUCCUCCCCCUCUUCCACGUCCGUGUCCACGUCCACCUUUUCUGAGAGCAACGAGGAUGCAGCCGGGGUGGCAGGGCUCUCGGAGAAGUCGCACCUGCUGGCCACGCACAGGGACCUGCUCGCCGAGAAGGACAGCCGAGCGCCUGUGACGCCCCUGACCAUGGACUGGACGUACGGCUGGAACAGUUCCCUCCCUGUCUUCUACAUCCGCGACGUGGGCCAGAAGAUGCUCCUGUACGCCAGCGGCCACACGGCGAUCAUCUACGAUGUGGUCAGAGGCAGGCAGUACCACCUGCAGGGCCACCCCAACACCAUCUCGUGCCUCUGUGUGAGCGAGGACAGGCGCUGGGUGGCCACGGCUGACAAGGGCCCCGAGUGCCUCAUCAUCGUCUGGGACUCCUACAGCGGCAUCCCCGUGCACACCAUCUUCGACAGCUGCCCCCAGGGGAAUGGCAUCCGCUCCAUCGCCAUGUCCCACGACGCCAAGUUCCUGGCCACCAUCUCAGAUGAUGAGAUCCAGAAGGUUUGCAUCUGGAGGUGGACGCUGGCGGUGGAGACGCCGGCCUGCUGCCUCUGCCUUCCCGCUGAGUACGGCCUCCAGAACUACAUUACUUUCAAUCCAAGAAAUAAUAUAGAAUUGGUGAGCAAUAGUAAAACACGGACAGUAUAUUACUUCUGGGACGAGGGAGAGACGCUUCUUCACAGCGCCCCACUGCUAACGGUGAAAACGUUCAACAAGCUGGUGGGGAAGUUCAGCCAGUCUGUGUUCCACCUGGCCGAGACGCAGGUCCUCUCGGCCACGCACGAAGGGAAGCUGGUGGUCUGGGACAUCUCUAGGCCGACACCGUCCGCCCCGGGGGCCGGCCCCACCCUCCGGCCUUGUAAGCUGGUCCACUUGCAGAAAGAGGGGAUCACGGUGCUGACCACAGUGGACAGCUACAUCGUGACCGGGGACGUCAAGGGCCACAUCAAGUUCUAUGACCGCUCCCUGUCCAUUAUUAACUGGUACAGCGGCUUCAAGCUGAGCUCCAUUCGAGCACUGUCCUUCGCCAGGACCCCCGCGGCGCCCCCGCUGCCCAGGUCCGACUACCCCGCGGACUGCACUUUGGCUGGCGACCGCUUUGUCGUGAGGAAUUUUAUCAUCGGGACAUCUGACGCCACGAUAUACCACCUAACGACAGAUGGGACCAAGCUGGAGAAGGUGCUGUUCGAGCCCAGGGAUGCCAUUUGUGCCGUUUCCUGCCACCCCUACCAGCCCCUGGUCACCAUCGGCAGCUUCUGCGGGAUGAUCAAAGUGUGGAAUUAUGAGAAGAAGAGCUACCUGUUCAGCAGGGUCUUCGAGAAAGGCCUUGGGGUCCAGAGUCUCAGCUACAACCCGGAAGGAGGCCUGCUGGGCGUCGGCUUCACGGAUGGGACAGUGCACAUCCUAGACUCCAUGUCCCUGGAGAACGAGGUCCCACAGCCCUUCCAUUACUCCAGGUCCAGUGUGACCCACAUCAGCUUCUCCUACGACUCGCAGUACAUGGCCACUGCGGACGUGAGCUUCACCGUGGCUGUUUACAAGGUGGUCGUGAGCGGCGGCCUGCGGGUCUGGGAGUACCUGGCGCGACUCCGCUCGCACCGCAAGAGCAUCCGCACCGUCCUGUUCGGGAUCCACCUGGACAACAACGAGCCGCGCCUGCUGACCCUGGGGGUGGACCGCCUGCUGAUUGAGUACGAUCUUCUCCGGAGCUACAAGGACCACCUGGAAGUGCUGGACAUCCACCGCACCGACCAGGGCCACUCGCCCACCUGCAUGGUGUGGUACCCACCGCUGUCCAAGGAGCUCUUCCUGCUGGUCUGCAACAGCGGCUAUAAGAUCCGACUCUUCAACUCCACCACCAAAAUGUGCAGGAAGACACUCCUGGGGCCGGUGUUCGGGUCCCCCGUGCAGCAGGUCCAGGUGGUGCCCGUGAAGGCCUUCGUGGAGCUGCAGCGCCGUUACCUGGUGUUCAUUAACCGGGACAAGGUGGGCAUCCAGAUCCUGCCGGCGGACGGCAACCCUCACAAGACCUGUGCCAUGGUGUGUCACCCCGGCGGCGUCUCCAGCAUGAGCCUCUCCUACGAGGGCCGCUACGUCUUCACGGCGGGAGGGCACGACCGGUCCGUGGUGCAGUGGAGAAUCAACCUAAGUGUCCUGGAUGCUGCCGUGUCCCUCGGGGGCAAGGACCUGGCUCCCUUCUAUAGCCUGGUGUUUGGUGGCAGGGAAGGAAAAUUCUACAGGGAGCUGGAGAACUACUUCUACUACUCACAGCUACGCAGCCAGGGCAUCGACACCACGGACACCCGGAAGGUGUCGGAGCACAUCGCGCUCUCCGAGCUGCCCUUCGUCAUGAGGGCCAUCGGCUUCUACCCCUCUGAAGAGAAGAUCGAGAACAUGUUCAAUGAAAUCCGGUUCGGUGAGUAUGUGGAGACGGGAAAGCUCAUCGACAAGAUCGACCUGCCCGACUUCCUCAGGCUCUACGUGAACCACAGACCCCCCUUCGGGAACACCUUCAGCGACAUCCAGGCGAGCUUCAACACGCUGGGCCACACCAACGCCCAGGGCCAGAAGGCCAUCCGCAGGGAGGACUUCCUGACGCUGCUGCUGACCAGAGGCGAGCACAUGACGGAGGAGGAGCUCCGGGACUGUCUGACCACGCUCUGCGGUCUGAACCCCGAGGGCUGGAGGUCGGAGCCCCCCUCAGCCUCACUCGAAGGCUCUCAGGAAGACUCAGAGUUCUGCUACAAGGACGAGCUUCCAGAGGAAAUCACCGCCGAAAUAUUCACCACCGAGAUUCUUGGCUUGACACUUCCCCAAGAUGACAUGUCACAGCAAUGA